AGGCUUCCCUCGUGCUGUGGCUGACUGCUGUGAGCCCUGCAGCAGGUCGCCACAGCAGCGAACACUGAGAGACAGCGCAGGUCCAACAGGACGAUAAAUGUCUUGUUGUUUUCUGAGCUUCACGGCAUGGAGACUGCAGCAGCAACGUCGGAGAGGUUUUUGCCUAACUCGAGCACACAGGGCUUUCAAGAAAUCUGACUGCAUGAAGAUUUUUGGCUUUUCAGUUUGAAGCCUGUCGGCUUGUUUCUGCUCCCCCUGGCUCUUCCAGAAACUCUGUAGUGUCAGGAAACAGCUGAAUUUGAAGGGAAGUUUUCUCUUAUGACUCACCUGCUUUCUCCAGGCUUUGUCAGGUGUGAUAUCGCAGCAAUGGUGUGCUAUCAGACUGCCAGAGGUUUCCAGAGAGGCGACUGGGGCUCCGCUGCGCUGCUCGCUGCAGCGCUGCUCGGCUGUCUGCUUUCUGCAGGGAUGCACCAAACCACAGCGUUUUCCACCUGGAGAUUAGAGGAAGAAGCUCACACCAGUGUGUUGCUCAUUGGGAUCCGCAAAGAUGCCCGCUCGCAAGUGCUUCACCUCUCCAGGAACAAGCGCUACACCCUCACCCCGGAGAUGCUCAAAUGGGACAAGUUCAAGCUGACAUACAAGUUGCUUUCCUUUCCAACAAAUUUGAUAAAUGCCAGUGACACACGUAGAGGCAUUGCCAAGGCUUUUGGCAUGUGGAGCGACGUCUCACCAUUCAGCUUCAGAGAGGUGCCAGCUGACCAAGAGGCAGACAUUAAGAUAGGCUUCUAUCCCAUCAACCACACGGACUGCCUGCAAUCCCACUUGCACCAUUGUUUCGACGGCAUCACCGGAGAACUGGCCCAUGCUUUCUUCCCACCUACAGGCGAGAUCCACUUUGACGACCAUGAGUACUGGAUUCUGGGAAAUAUGCGCUUCAGCUGGAAAAAAGGGGUUUGGCUGACGGACCUGGUCCACGUGGCAGCUCAUGAGAUCGGCCAUGUCCUGGGACUCAUGCACUCCCUGAACCCCAAGGCAAUAAUGCACCUGAAUGCAACUCUGACAGGGCGCAAGCUCAUCACACAAGAUGAGGUGUGGGGUUUGCACCGACUCUAUGGAUGUUUGGACCGAUUAUUUAUCUGUCCAGCCUGGGCUCGGAAAGGCUAUUGCGACAGCAAACGCAAGCUGAUGCAGAAGCACUGCCCCUCCAGCUGUGAUUUUUGUUACGAAUUUCCUUUCCCCACGGUGGCCCCCACCCCAACCCCCCCAAGAACCAAACACAAGCUGGUAGCCGAGGGCAAGAAGCUCACUUUCCGGUGUGGGAAGAAAAUUGCAUCCAAGAAAGGCAAAGUUUACUGGUACAAGGACGGGGAGCUGCUGGAGUUCUCGCGCCCGGGCUACAUCUCCCUGACAGAUGACCACAUCAGUAUAGUGGCAAACGCCAUCAACGAAGGCACAUAUACCUGCAUUGUGAGGAAAAAAAACAAAGUCCUCACCAACUACUCCUGGAGGGUACGUGUGCGCUUCUGAAGGCCAUAUCAGCCCCCUGCACACUGGCUAGUCAAACAGGACACACACACACACACACAUACACACACACGGUCAAAAGGAGACCUCAUUCACCAGGGCACAUAUUUCUACAUAAUUUUUGUUUUUCUUGAACUUCCAACUGUCUUCCAACAGCUGUCUUAUUGUUCAUUAUGUGUUGUUUUGUAAAUCCAUUUUCAUAUGUGCAAAAAAUAAACGU